UGUCGCUUGUGCCUGCAUGUGUGUGUUUAUAAAGUUGUGGAGGAAUGGGAGAAAUGGGAAGAGGUGUAGCACACUGCAGUCGUUAGUCGGCGUUAACGUGUAGUGGCCGACCGUCCAUUGACACGUGAAGGUCUUUAUCUCUACUUCAGCAUCAGCUGUACCUAUAAAAUUAGUUGUGACUAUGACGUCGAAGGGGAGAGAUGCGGGCGACACACAGGACCCUCUGUUCUGUCAGGAGGCUGAGGAAGUGUACAGAAACCCCACGGAGUUGAAGAUGAGUCAGAUCGUGCUGCCGUGCCAUGCCAAUCACUGCGGGGAGCUGAGCGUUGGACAACUGCUGAAGUGGAUGGACUCCACCGCCUGCUUGUCUGCUGAGAGACAUGCCGGUUGUUCCUGUAUCACAGCUUCUGUGGACGACAUCCAUUUUGAACACACCAUCGGGGUGGGAAAGGUCGUCAACAUCAUAGCAAAGGUCAACAGAGCCUUCACGUCCAGCAUGGAGGUGGGCAUAUUGGUGAAUUGUGAGGAUCUGUACACCGACAGGCAGUGGAAAGUGUGCCAUGCUUUUGCGACCUUCGUCGCCAGACGAACUGAAGCGGGGAAGGUACAGCUGAAGCAGGUGUUUCCUCGCACACAGAUGGAGCAGAUGGAGUACAGCCUUGCAGCAGAGCGGAGGAGGAUGAGGCUCAUCCAUGCUGAGACCAUUACAGACCUACUGAGCAGCAGCACAGCUCAACUGGGAGAAUGCCAGGAGUACCAGGACGCUGUGCCGGCAGAGCGGACGCGGGUGGAGAGUGUGGAGCUGGUGCUUCCGCCACAUGCCAACCAUCAAGUCAGCACCUUUGGGGGCCAGAUCAUGGCCUGGAUGGAGAAUGUGGCUACAAUUGCAGCGAGUCGCUUGUGCAACGCUCACUCAACCUUGAGGAGCAUUGACAUGUUCCAUUUCCGUGGCCCGUCUCACAUUGGUGACCGACUGGUCCUGAAAGCCAUUGUUAACAAUACGUUCAAGCACAGCAUGGAGGUGGGAGUGUGUGUGGAGGCCUACCAGGGUGGAGAACCGCUGCGCCACAUAAAUAGUGCUUUCAUGACGUUUGAGGUGCUGGGCGGUGACGGGAAGCAGUGCACGCUACCGCGCAUCCGACCUGAACCGGUGGAUGGAAAAAGACGUUAUCUGGAAGCUGUUGCCAGAAAGAAGAUUCGCCUUGAUAGGAAAUACAUUAUCUCCUGCCACCACACUGAAGUGCCCGUUUCUGUACCGUGGGAUCCAAGUAACCAGAUUUACCUGAGCUGCAAUAAUGUAUCGGCACUGAAACUAAUGGAUACCAGAAACAACUGGGUACUAACGUUUGAGAAAAACAAGGUCAGACUGUACACACUGGAGGAAAACCACGUGCUGUGUUUCAAGGUGGAGAUGCACGUCAGCGUACCGGCAGAGCAGACGUUCCACCUUCUGUCAGACCUGAGGAGGAGGAAGGAGUGGGACCGGCACUAUGAGGAGUGUGAGGUGAUCACCCAGGUAGAUGAAGAAGACACCCUUUACCGCGUGGCCGCACCCUCUGUCAGCAAAGGGGGCAAAGGCCAGGACUUUAUCUUGCUGGCAUCCAGGAGGAAGCCAUGUGACGCCAGGGACCCGUAUCUGAUCGCUCUGCGUUCUGUCACGUUGCCCACUCACCUCCCCACCGAGGACUACACCAGGGGAGAGGUGCUGUGUGCUGGCUUCACCAUCUUGGAAGAGUCCAGCACCGUCACCAAGAUCACCUACUACAACCAGGCCACGCCGGGCGUCCUCCCCUACAUCUCCACAGACAUCGCCGGUCUGUCCUCCAGCUUUUCGAGCACCUUUUCGGCCUGCAGUCUCUUCCUGGAGGGCAACAAGGACAGCCUGGCUGCUCUGCCGCCCUCUGCACUGUGACGUCCCCGAGCGGCAGCAUCAGUCUUUGCCUCAGCCCCCCCCCCCCCCCACCCCUGUUGAGGAGGCUGUAGUCCCACCCUGAGAUUACAAACUUCUGUAUUUGUAGUUUGUUUCAAACCUCAGUUCUCCCUGUAUGACUUUGUGCAUUCAUAAAAUGAGAGAAAUGGCUUUUAAUCAGCUCGUGAAAUAGUGUUUACUUUUCUUUUUUUUAAAGAACUGCUGCUUGUUUUCUGCAAUAUUAAUAGGCAUGAAGCAAGACUGCACAAUAUGGAUUUUAAACCUUUUAGUUUUAUGACUGCUCAUUUAUUAUGGAAAACUCUCCAAAAAUAAUUUCUAGAUCAAUGAAUCAUAUUUUGGUUUUAAGUAUUUACCGCAAUCUGUUUUCUUGAGACAGUCAUGCUUUUAAUGGCAUUUCCAUUAUUUUAGUCAAAGUUGAGCCUCUUUUUGUUAUAGUUUUUCUACCUCCUAAAUGUUUUUAAAUUAUUUGAUUGAGACUUUGAAUAGGAGUGAGACGAGAUGUACAUUUAGUGUGUUUAUGAUGAUGUUGAGACAAUGAUGUAUAGUUUCAGAUUAAAUAAUGUACGUUGACAUUCAAUGGCCAAGUAUCUAACAAGUCAAGCUGUCUUGAUUUUUAAACUAAACAAGAAACACAAGAGUCUCGA